ACCACCAUUGUUUGUGCACAGACGUCCUGGGAACAAUGUUACCAAAGUCCGUAUGGUUUACUUGUGUGAUGUGAUAUGCCAACAACGUAUUGCGUGUACCGCAUCAUCGAAGUGGCAUUUAAUUUUGACAUUUUUCCAAGACCUCUUCGGCCUAUGGUUACUUGAUGAUAUGACUGAAUGAACUAUGGAACCAAGGGAGGGCACCAACACUGUCAAGCAUAUUUUUCAUCGCCAGAUUCAAGACACAUUUCGCAUUAGUUUCCAGCGUUCGCACCAUGUGGAUGAAGCCUUGAUCAACAGGCUAGGCCUGCUGCAUGAAUUGGAGGGUCACAAUGGCUGUGUCAACUGCCUGGAAUGGAACCAUUCUGGUCGAUUGUUAGGCAGUGGUUCCGACGACUUCAAUGCAAUCGUUUGGGACCCUCACCGGAGACGGAAACUCUGUACACUAAGAACCGGUCAUCAUGGGAAUAUAUUCUCAGUUAAGUUCCUUCCUAAUGCAAAUGACGAGACAUUGGUGACCGGCGCGGCCGACCACAAAGUCCGCAUCCACAACCUACCCAAUCAGGAGACCACGCAUGCCUUCAGCUGCCACGCCGGCCGGGUCAAGCGGCUAGCCGUGGCCCAAAAUGUGCCCUACAUGUUCUGGAGCUCUGGCGAGGACGGAACGGUCAGACAAUUUGACCUGCGAGCGCCGCACACAUGCAUGGACAGUUGCAGCAACGUCCUGAUCAACCUGAACUGUUACAUCGGCAAACAGGCUGAAUGCAAGUGCCUUGCCAUUAACCCACACAGACCAGAACUCAUGGCCGUUGGUGCUAGUGAUCCCUACGUGCGGCUGUACGAUGCUCGGAUGUUGACGCCCCACGCUGUGCAUUUCUCCCGAGAUGAGAGGAUGGGAUCGGCCUGGAUGAGACCCAUGGCCGCAGACCCAGACGAAUGCGGUCUCCUACCCAGGGGAUGUGUGCAAUAUUUUGUGGCAGGACACCUGCCACUCAAGGAAAACGACCGGAAAAGAAAAUACCGAUCGUUAGUCUCCACCUACGUCACCUUUAGUCCCAGCGGGCGCGAGCUCCUAGUCAACCUGGGCGGUGAGCAGGUCUAUUUAUUUGACCUCUACAACCUGCAGCAUCCCAAGGCGUUCAACGUCGGCGAUUACGUACUACCAGAACACAGCAAUGGUGUCUGCAAAGAAGUCUCAAGUCAAGUCGCUGAGGCGCUAUCAGCCAAUGGCACAUCCAUCGGUUCAACCAACGGAGUGACCAAACACUUAUCCCAUGCAAGCAGCUACAGGCUACAGGAAGGUUCUCCUGGCUCUACCCCAUCCACGAGUAAGGAGCUCCCGCCCAGAGCCGAAGCCCUGAAGCAGGAGGGCAACCGUUUCUACUGCGACUUGAAGGACUACACGUCAGCAAUAAGACUGUUCAACCAGGCGCUCAGCAUUGCACCAAACAGUGCCAUACUCUUUGCGAACAGGGCUGCGGCAUUUAUGAGGAGGAAAUGGGAUGGCGACCUGUACGCAGCCCUCCGAGACUGCCACCGUGCCUUGGCCCUGGACCCCUCCCACCGCAAGGCCCACUUCCGGUUAGCCCGGUGCCUGCUGGAGCUGACCUGGGCGCGGGAGGCCCAAGACUGCCUCAAACAGUACAAGCACAACUACCCGGAGUACAGCAAGCAGCGGGAAUUUGAGGCCUUGGAUAGGGACAUCACGACGGCAGUCUUCUCAUUGUGUGACAGUGACAGCAGUACCAGUGACAAGGAGAAAGUAGACACCUCCCCAAGACGACGAUGGAACCAUCCAGACCGCAUCUCAGACGAGGAGAGAAUACUGAGAAGCGAGGCUUACGACUACGCGGAGCGGUUCUGCGGCCACUGCAACACCACCACGGAUAUCAAAGAAGCUAACUUCUUUGGAAGCAAUGGUCAGUUUAUCAUCGCGGGGUCAGACGACGGCUCGUUCUUUGUCUGGGAUCGCAAGACCACCAACAUCGUCCGGGUGCUACGCGGCGAUGACUCCAUCGUCAACUGCUUACAGCCUCACCCUAGCUUCUGUCUGCUAGCUACCAGCGGCAUCGACCAAGUCGUUAGGUUAUGGGGACCUAAAGCACAGGAUGGGAAAGCUGAAGAGCGAUGUAUCCGUGAGCCAGACACGGCAGCCACGGCCAACCAGCGUCGCAUGAACGCCGAUCCGUUAGAGGUCAUGCUCAUGAACAUGGGCUACCGCAUCACCGGGAUGUCAGACGGCUCCGACGACGAGAACGAAGGUGGACCAGUCCAGUGCAACACCAGCUGAGAUAGAAAAAAAAUGAGAGGAAACUUCCUGGAAACUAGAGAUUUUUUUGGUUUGUUUUUUUAUCUCAGAAACUCUUGUAUGAUAGUAAAAAAACAAAGAGACUGGUGCCGGAAGGGUCAACACAUUCCUUAGAGGCACGGUGACGUUUGGACCCCGCCUGCUGUUCGUGGCAGCCAUCUUGGUCUGGUACCCUGAAGCCCAUAUUGCUCAGAAACAUUGUUUUCUUAACAAUAAUGGGUACCAGCCUAACUGAACUCGGUGGCGCGGGACCAACAUCACUGAGUUGUUAAGCGGAGGAAAACAUGCUUAGCGAUUAAUCUCCUUAGCUAAAAUGCAAAAAGCUGAGAACAGCUUGAUUUUUCUAAUCAAGUAAUCCAUUUUUUUCUAUUGAAAGCAAGAGUGUGUGCUAAAACAGCUGCGUAAAAAGGAUGGACUCCGUGCGCUAGUGUAGUUAGAUCGUUGCCAUAUUGGUCUGGAUCCAAGGAUACAAGGCAUUAUCAAGUCCCUGCAAUGUACAACUUUUUUGUUACCAGACUAUUAUUUUGCUGAAUGCCUUGCUGGUGGUUUGAUUCAGAAAAAAACAAACACAGCUGCCCCACUGUAAUUAAUGCGUGUGGUGUUUUGGGGCAUUGCUUGGGAAUACUUUUCCCUACAAGUCUGGCCUAAGCAAGACAAAAGUUGAGGUAUUUGAAGUUGAGCUAAAUCAUUUCCGAAAGGAACCGUCAUUUUCCAAUUCCAUAAAACAACAACAACCAGAAUCACCAUGGUUUUCUAAAUAGUUGUACAGAUUAAAAAUCACAUUUAUAAACUUGCUAUCACAAUUUGACUUUUUCAAAAUAAGGAUUUUGUGUUAAAAACAGUUGCCAGUUUAUCUAUGAAAUAUAUAUCAAAUGUCUUGCGUUCCUUCUUGUUGAAAGGGUCUGUGUUUGAAGUCAAUGAAUUGAUUGAUCACAAGUUUGUAAGAAAACAUAAACAGAAUUGCCACUUUUACAAGCAAAAAGUGACAAUUCCUAAUGACAAAUGAAACCCUCAAAUGAGCAAACCAUGCAUGGUUCUAGAA